GAUGUCAUCACUGUUGUUUUGUUUCCUAUAAUUUUCACUUCGAGACUUUUCAUAAAGAUUUUUUAAUUAAUCUUGUAAAACAUAAGUGAUUUUUUCAAAGUUCAAUAACUUGAUGCUUAGCGCCUAAUAAUGCCGCUAUUUGACACGGUUCUACAAGAAAAACCAGCAAUCGUGCUGGAAAUGGGUUACGCAUUCACCAAAUUGGGAUUCGCUGGCGAGCCGCAUCCCCGUAGUAUUAUACCAUCGGAGGUGCUGGACCACAAGACGAGAAGUUCGAGCCAAACGACACCCAACAAGAAGCUGUUUGAUUAUGCCACAGAAUCGGAACUGUACGAUCAGCUGGUAGAGUUUCUGAAAACUAUUUUCUUCAAGUACGUCCUCGUCAGCCCGAAGGAACGCAAAGUAGUCAUAGUGGAGUCGGUUCUAUGUCCAACACAGAUACGGGAAAAUCUUGCCAGGGCACUGUUUUGUCACUUUGAUGUCUCUUCUGUAUUCUAUGUUCCGACGCAUUUGGUCGUUUUGGCAACAUUGGCAGUGGACACGGCCCUGGUGGUCGACAUCGGAUACAAAGAGGCGGCUGUUGUUCCGGUUUACAGUGGAGUUCAAGCCGUGUUUGCCUGGGAAGCACAACCCCUGGCCGCAGAAGCCGUCAACGAACACAUCAAAGGGGAACUGAUUCUUAACGGUGUAGAAGAGCACUUGUUGACGGAUUACGUCAUUGAAGACAUCAAAGUUCGAACGUGCUUCGUGACAACAAAAGAACGCGCUAGGAAGUGGCGUGAAGAGGGAACAUUCGAGGCAUGUCCCGAUGUAGAUUAUCCCAUAAAAGGCGACGAAGUGAUUAAAAUCUCAGGUGCACUGCGAGAGACCGCGUACGAAGUUUUGUUUCCAGAGGAUAACGACCAUCUUAACCUAGCGAAUAUCAUACUCAAUUCGAUACUGAAGUGUCCAAAAGAUAUGCGAAAAGCUCUAGCAGAGAACAUUGUGCUCGUCGGAGGUACAACCAUGGUGCUGGGGCUGGCAUCGCGUCUCAAAGCUGAACUGUUGGCACUGUUGCGAACUGAGCAAUACAGGGAUAAACUGUUCUUGAAAGCGUUCAAAUUCCACAAUCCACCGUCGAAGGCUAACUUUACCGCCUGGUUAGGUGGAUCAAUCUACGGAGCGACGGAUUUAGUAUUGUCGAAAUCUAUCGCUCGGGAAACCUAUUGCAAGAAUCAACAGCUACCAGACUUUACUAACUACGAUGAAACGCGUUCUCAUGGAAGAAUUUAAGAACAUAUACUAUAUGAAAGAUCAGUUAACCUCUAUAACUAUUGAAUUAACUCUAUGCACACUAUUGGUAUAAUAAAUUAUUAUUCAUAAGUACUAACUAAA